AUGGCUACAGAUUGUCCUCAUAAUAAGAAUCAGAUGCAGGGGAGGAGCACCGGUCGAGUUUAUACUUUGGAUGCAAGGAAGGCUAAGAGCAACAAUACCUUAAUCGCUGGUACGUGUCUCGUCAAUGAUCAUCCUUGUUUUGUAUUGUUUGAUUGUGGGGCAACACACUCUUUUGUAUCAAUUCAGUGCAUGAAGCGUCUUGGCUUGCAAGCAAUUCCCUUGUCUCCUCCUAUGGUGGUUACUACCGUAAUGGAUGAUGUGGUUGAGACACCGUUGAUUUGUGAAAAUUGUUCGCUCUCGGUGAAUGAGAAGUUGAUUAUCAUUUCGUCUAGUGAAGCUACUCCAAAGGAUGCAUUAACUACUAUCUUGGAAGGUACGGUUGGCAUGGUUAAUUUCUUAUUUGAGAAGGAAAAGUCAGUUCUCUUGGUUCUCACCAAGGAAUCUAGAGACAAUCUGAAUGUCACACAAAUUCCUAUCGUUUGUGAAUUUCUGGAAGUUUUUCCUGAGGAUAUCACUUCUCUUCCUCCCGAAAGGGAAGUGGAAUUCUCUAUUGAUCUGAUACCUGGGACGGCUCCAAUCUCCGUUUCUCCGUAUUGUAUGGCGCCACUCGAGUUGAGAGAGUUGAAGGAUCAAUUGGAAGAGUUGUUAACCAAGCAUUUCAUCCGACCAAGUGUCUCACCAUGGGGAGCUCCAGUGUUAUUAGUAAAGAAGAAUCUGCCAAGGAUAGACGAUUUGUUAGAUCAUCGAUUAAUUUGGUUCAGUUUUAUUUUUUAA